CGCCGGGCGGCGUGUGUCCCUUGCGGCGUGCCGUCCUCGCAGCCAUGGCGGCCGCCGCGCUAGCGUGGCGGGCCAGCCUGCACCUGCGGGCCCAGGUUCUGCGCGCCUUCUCCACAGCCGUGUCGCCGACCGCUCCUGCUGCGGAACCUAAAAGAACACCCAGAAGUGAGAGGGCUCACAGAAGAAAGGCGCUGCCUCCUAGGACCGAGAAAAUGGCAGUUGACCAGGACUGGCCCAGUGUUUACCCAGUUGCAGCACCUUUUAAACCAUCCGUGGUCCCUCUUCCUGUUCGGAUGGGUUACCCUGUGAAAAAGGGUGUGCCCAUGGCAAAGGAGGGAAAUCUGGAACUGCUCAAGAUCCCCAAUUUUCUGCAUUUGACUCCUGUAGCGAUUAAAAAGCACUGUGAAGUUCUUAAAGAGUUCUGCACCGAGUGGCCAACUGCACUCGACACUGAUGAGAAGUGUGAGAAGCAUUUUCCAAUCGAAGUAGACACAGCUACGUAUGUCUCAUCAGGACCGUCCAUUCGCAACCCCAAGGCACGCACAGUAACCUUGAGGGUUAAGCUCUCCAGUUUGAAUUUAGAUGACCAUGCAAAGAAGAAAUUGAUUAAACUUGUGGGAGAACGGUACUGCCCGACCACCGAUGUGCUCACCAUCAGGACAGACAGGUGUCCUUUGAAGAGACAGAAUUAUGACUAUGCGAUGUAUCUACUGACGGUUCUAUACCAUGAGUCUUGGAAAACUGAAGAAUGGGAAAAACAGAAAACUGAGGCAGACAUGGAAGAGUAUAUAUGGAAAAAUAGCUCCUCAGAGAAAAAUAUCCUGGCAACGCUUUUGCAGAUGAGAGCCGCCGAGGGCAGUGCGGGCGUCGGAGAGGAGCUGCUGGCCACUGAGGACGUGCAGGCGUAUGCACGCUCCGUGGCCAGCCUGAAGAACGAGGGGGACAGUGAGCAGGCCCUUUCCCGGUACAAAGAGUCCGUGAAGAGACUCUUAAACCUGACGUGAAUUGUCAAGUGGAAGAAUCUGCUUGAUGUGUUCAUUUUACAGCACAUGUCAUCAAUGUGUGAUUUGAUAAAAAAUUGAAGAUAUUAGAAGACUGUUGUUUUA